UUUGGAGAAAAAAUUUUUGGAAAAUUUUAAGGUAUGAAGAAGAGCAAAAGCAGACUUAAUGGUUGUGAAGAAGGGAAUUUAUGAGGGAUUUCGAGGAAUGGAGAUGUUAAAUCUUUGGUUUAGGGUUUUAAUAAUUCACAUAGAGACUACCUUGUUGGUGGUUAUUUAGUUUCAUAACCAAAGACUUCUCAUCUCUACUAUGUUUAACAUCAAAACAUGCCUACCGAAACUUGGACUUUCCAUGAAAAGAUAUACUAAAAACCUAACUUGUGCGAGCUUUGCUACUCUAAGAGGAACAAUGGAAGAUACGGAAAUGAAAAAGAAAGACCCUGAGAUGUACUCUCUUGUAAGAGAAGAGAUCGAUAGACAAAAUGAUGGCAUCAUUCUCAUUGCUUCUGAAAACUUUGCAUCAAAAGCUGUAAUGCAAGCUGUAGGCUCCCACCUCCUUAACAAGUACAGUGAAGGAUACCCGGGGCAAAGAUAUUAUGGAGGCUGUAUGGUGAUUGAUAAGAUUGAGUCAUUGUGCCAGAAAAGAGCCCUCCAAGCAUAUGGAGCUAACCCAGAUGAAUGGAAUGUUAACGUACAACCUCUUUCAGGAGUUCCAGCUAACUUUGCAGUCUAUACAGGCUUAGUCCCUCCUGGUGGAAGAUUAAUGGGUCUGGACCUUCCUGCUGGUGGCCAUCUCUCCCAUGGGUUUAAGACACCAGCCAGAAAUGUAUCUGCAACAAGUUUGUAUUGGGACACUAAGCCUUAUAGUGUAACAGAAAAAGGAUUUAUUGAUUAUGACGCUGCAUAUGACAUAGCACAAGAGUUUAAGCCUAAUCUGCUGAUCUGAGGAUACUCAUCUUACCCAAGAGACCUUGAAUAUUCAAGAUUUAGAGAAAUUGCAGACAGUGUAGGAGCUCUCUUAUUAGCUGAUGUAGCCCAUUUCUCGGGACUCUUGGUUUCUGGGCUUCUUAAUAAUCCUUUUGAAUACGCAGAUAUUGUAACUUCAACCACACACAAAUCUUUAAGAGGCCCUAGGGGAGGCUUAAUCUUCAGCAGAAAAGAGCUUUCAGAUUUAGUUGAUGAUGGAGUAUUCCCUAAAAUGCAAGGAGGUCCACACAACCAGACUAUUGCAGGAAUUAGCGUAGCUCUUCAUGAAGCAAUGCAACCAGAGUUCAAGGAGUAUUCAAAGCAAGUGAUUAAAAUUCAAAGAAGUUGUCAUACUCUUGUAACAAAUGGCACUGAUAAUCACAUUAUUUUAUGGAACCUUCGUCCACAUGGAUUGACUGGGUCAAAGUUUGAAGCAAUCUCAGAUCAUACAAACAUCACUCUCAACAAGAACACUAUUGCUGGGGACAAAUCUGCAUUGACUCCUUAUGGAAUCAGGCUUGGAACGCCAGCUUGAACUACCCGUGGAUACAAAGAAGAGCACAUGGAAGAUGUCGCCAGCUUCUUAGACAGAAUCCUUCAAGAAGCUCUUAAGAUCCAGAAUGAAAGAGGCAAAAAGCUCUCAGCCUUCAAGAGAGGACUCACAGAGAGUGACGAAGUCAAGAAGAUAUCCCAAGAAGUAAGGGACUUUGCAAGACAGUUCGAGCUGCCAGGACUUCAGAUCUAAAGUAAUUCUAUUUUCAUCAAUUUUAAGUCAGA